GUAUGGUGCAAAGGCCAAAUGAUAAUCAUCUGCAAAACCUGGUUAGACCUUGCCGUAAAAAAUCUGCAUGUGAACGCGAUGAUUUUUGCAACGACGGAAGAUAUAAAAACUUCAUAACCAGACCAACUUCAUUCAUCAGCGGGCGGAUACACAAGGAUGUCAUUAUGGGCCAAAGUUCGCGAACUGGAAGGAGAUUCUUUGAGGCAAAUCCAGAAUUUAUACGGACCAAACUUCCCUAUUGAGUUUCGUCAUUAUUUUGCUGACAUCAUAGAACGACAACAAUGGGACCAAUUGGACCCCGACAAUAUUCCCCAAGAUGAACCACACGCAAAAUACAUCCUUGGUUUAUUCCUUGAGGAAAUUCAGAAACAAUGCGAUUCCUUGACAGAAGGGAAGGACUUUCUGCAGAGACUUCAUUUCAGUGAGAUUGCUUCACAUUUUAAAAAUGUAUAUGGACCCGCACCAUUGGAGCUUGUAAGGACGGUAAAGAAGAUUCUAUCGAUUGAAACACGGCUUGUUCAACAUGCAAGUUCGCUUAUGGAUGGUGGAAUGCAUAUGAGGAACAACCAACAAUCUGAGAAGGUUUCCCACAUUAACAGUGAAUUGGAACGUUUAGCAGCCAUGACGCGAGACACCGAAAAUGAUUUGAGGCAACUGCAAUCGAAACAAGAAUAUUUCGUGAUCAAUUAUCAGGACAGUCUGAAGAUAUCUUCUGAGCUGCAACAGAUUCAACAACUUGAUCCUUCUAACCCUGCCAGACAGUACGAGACGCAACUAACAAGGAAGCAAGCUGAGGUAGACAAACUGCUACGUGCCGAAGCGCAGAAACUGCAACAGUUACGAGCGAGUCUUGCUACUCGCCAUGAAGAAACAUUCAACCAUCUUAGCCAACUACAGAACCAAAUACUUGAUGAGGAAUUAAUCAAAUGGAAAAGAUCGCAAGCUCUCGCCUAUAAUGGGGUCCAACAUGAGAGUAACUUGGACCAACUGCAGCAAUGGUGUGAACAACUAGCGGAAAUAAUUUGGCAGAACCGACAGCAAAUAAAGAGAGUUGAGCUUCAACGCCAACAGCUUCCCAUUAACAACCCUGGCAGAGACAUGCUGCCCGAUCUCAAUGCUACAAUCACUGCUCUGUUGUCUACUUUGGUUACCAGCACCUUUAUCAUCGAGAAACAACCCCCUCAAGUGUUGAAAACGCAGACAAGGUUCGGAGCUACGAUCCGUUUGCUGGUUGGUGGAAAGCUUAAUGUUCAUAUGAAUCCCCCCACAGUUAAAGCGAGCAUCAUAAGCGAGAAUCAAGCAAAAGCUCUGCUCAAAAACGACUCAAGCAGAAGCAUCACUGAGAUGAGUGGAGAAAUAUUGAACCCGGAGUCAGUGAUGGAAUAUCACACACAAUCUGGGAUUUUAAGCGUCAACUUCAGAAACAUGUCUCUACGGCGAAUCAAACGUUCGGACAAGCGUGGAGCUGAAUCAGUAACUGAGGAAAAGUUCACCAUUUUGUUUCAGUCUCGAUUCAGCAUCGGUGGAAAUGAGCUCGUGUUUCAAGUCAGGACAUUAUCAUUACCAGUUGUAGUAAUAGUUCAUGGCAAUCAAGAAGCAAAUGCUGCUGCCAGUAUUCUAUGGGAUAAUGCAUUCGCUGAGCAGGGUCGAGUUCCGUUUCACAUCCCGGACAAAGUUCCAUGGUGUAAGUUGAUUGACACUCUCGAUUAUAAAUGGAAGCAUGAGUGUCAUACGUCCAGAGGUCUCACUCCACAAGCAAAACAAUAUCUCGCUCACAAAGUUUUCAGACAAAAUGUCUCCAGCAACUCAGACAAGCAAAUAUCAUGGGCCCAGUUCAACAGGGAGCCACUACCUAACAGAAACUUUACUUUCUGGCAAUGGUUCAACGGAGUGAUGGAACUUACUAAGAGUAAACACCUACAGAAGCAUUGGGAUGAUGGAGCCAUCAUAGGCUUCAUUGGCAAGGGCGAUUCUCAGGACAAACUUGUUUCAAAGUCUCUCGCAAGUUUUCUACUCCGAUAUUCUGACUCUGAAAUUGGAGGUCUGACUAUUGCGUGGGUGGCUGACUCGGAUAAAGCUCCUGGAGUUCCUCGUGUUUGGAACCUCCAGCCCCAAACCUUACGUGAUUAUGGGAUACGUUCGUUGGCUGAUCGUAUCAAGGAUUUGGAUCAAUUGAUGUACAUAAUUAAGUCUGACAACACAACGCAACUGAAAGACGAAGUGUUCGGGCAAUAUUACAGCAAGACAAUAAGUAGUUCACCGCAAGGAGAUGGAUAUGUGAGGACUGAACUGAUGCAGCAUAUUCCUAACAGCAACCAAUUGAACAUGAGCAACAUGGGCGACCACAGCGCACCCAACACACCAGCAAGCAGCUACGAAGCUCAACUAUCAAUCCACAGCCCCAAUAACGUUCCACAUCACAACAACAUACAGUAUGAUGUACCCGACAUGAAUAUGGUGAACAACUUUCAACAGCAGAAUGACGUCACAGGCAACAUGGAGUAUGACGAAACACUUGAAUGUUUCGGGCCGUGCAACAUUGACGUCAAUGAACUACUCAGUCGCCAGCUGUGAUGACGUCAUCACUGUACUCUGACGUCAUCUUGACGUGACAUGUGUGGUCGCUAAGGUUCGUCGCUUCUGACGUCACGUUCUCUUGUCGCUUCUGACGUCACGAUUCUGACGUCAUAGUUUUUUGUUGCCUUGGUGACGUCACGCGGGCGAAGGGGUGUGUCAUAAUCUUUCAUUGUUUGACUAUUGUGACGUCGUACUAACACAUUCCUGCUCAGCACGCUUUCUGACUUCAUAAUAAUAGUUUUUACGUACUUGUUUCGUCGGUACAUAUUUCAUUUUAACGCUUAGGAUGCAAUAGAGGCUACGAACCGUACUAGAGUAUAAUGCAAUGCAAUAUUAUGUUACGUCAUUCCGAAUACAUAAAGGGCUCCACGGGUACUUCGACUGUAAAUUCGUUUCAUUUUUACCGUGGCAGACAUGUGUUAAAACCGCUUGACACGUGUUUAAACCGCUUGAGCCACGACAAGUAUUGCGUCAUAAUAAACACUUAUGCCGUGCAA